AUGGCCGCAACUCAUGGGCCAGCAACUCACCUUCCAGCAGAUCCCAUGGCUGUUUCAGCCCCUACACCGGAUGAUGAGGUACGGGAGUACGAAAAAAUCCUAAACAUCAAUGACCAAGUCUUCUCGGGCACUCAUCCCCGGCUCAAUGUUCCCCAGCACCUCGUGCGCAAGCCUGGGAGAAAUGUCCAAAAUGUCCCUCUUCGAACUCAUUUACCUAAACACCCUCCCCCAAAAGCUGUAUUGGCAAAUUCCCCUGUGGUUGCAACCACAAAACAGCCUUACAAUAGCUCGCAGAGUGCCUCGGCCAGAAACGCCUUGCCUGCAGCACCACAACCCGCCCGUGUGGCUUCAAAACCUACAUCCGAGAUCGAUCCAAUCUUCUUGACCAAGUCGGAUGACCUAAUCAGGGCAGAACUACAGUUACAAAGACAGAGAUUGGAACGAGCACUGCGUGAUCAAGUGGAGCUCAAGAAACAGGAGACCAAACAGAGACCUGCGGUUCAAGACACGAAGCCCGACUUUGAUGUUUCAGAGGUUUUCAAACAAGCUCUUGAGGCGGUGAAGCCGGUUUCGCUGAGCGAUGCAUCUGAGGCCAGUGGACCUGGCGGUGCUGCCAGUGACUCCUUCGACGACAAUUCAUUUUACUCCAGUAGAGCUCCUGACUCGCCUCCCCAGACUGGCAGACAACAGAAGUCAUCCCCCGUGGCUAUACUUGCACCCACAGGACCUGCCACGCGUGUUCCGGUAACCCAUUACGCAGAUGAGUUGCAGCGACUUGAAGCUCUCAACCGUCCUGGAUCUGAUCAGGAAAUGCCAGAUGCUUACCUUGUUGCUGACCAGCGUCACUCCCAUUCUCAGAAGCAGGCCCGCUACCACAAAGCAGAGGCUCCCGUCAGCCGCUUCCGCGAUUCGCAUCGGUUCGAGACUGUGGACGAACCCGAAUAUUCUCCACCUGCUCCAGCGGCGCCGCCAGCGGAUCAUCGUGAAUAUCCCCGUGGGUUAGAAAGUGCUGCUGGAAGAACAUCUAGGCCAGAUGCUAGAUACACCGACCGAACCAGAGAUAUCCGCGAGCCCCCGUCUCCCGCAAACGUGAAGGUAGUUCGAAACCAUAUCACAUCACCGGCAGCUCCCCAGCCAUCUCGAGUGUCACCUCUGGCCAUUGCAAAGGUUCCUUCUGUCCAGCAAAUCCGGGAUGAACGAUCUGAACAUGGUGCUGAUCAGGUGUACUCGGACCCUGAUUCUGCUCGUGACAGUCCCAAUGCUCCGGUCUUUCACAUCAUGUCCCGGAAACGGAGGAGGCUGCGUGAAGGCGAUGAAGGGCCCCGUCAAACCUCGCACAGGACACAAAAUGCAGAACCUGUCGAGGCAUUUAUCAAAGAGGAGCCUGUUUCACCGCCGCCAUUCGCCGAUGAUCCUACGGUUGUUCGCAGCCGAAACCCUGCAGAGCGCCCCAUCUACAUUGACAUCGCGUCCCCUCAAUACACUCCAGUUUACGAAAGUCGCGGACCACCAGUGCGAGAGCCAGUUUACGAAAUUGACCCGUACCAUGAGCCUCUACCGGACGCUGGACCCCAGCGCACAAUAUCUCGUCUGAGCAUCAGACGACCAAUUCGGGAGGAAGCCGAUCUUCGACGAGUCGCCAGUUCACAGUAUGCUCGGCAAUCAGACUAUGCUCGUGAGUACAUUGAGGCCCAGCCACGCCCAGUUCGAGCGGCAUCAUACGUUGUGGAACGCCCGGUUCAAGAGCGGCCAAGGUACUACGAGGAAGCCUCUCCUUACACACAGCAUCGUUACAUUUCUGCGGAUGACAUGCCGCCCCCAACAUAUCGGGAGACUUACUACGAAGACGCACCGCCGGCACGGAUGAUGGCACCCCCUCGACGUCGGAUCGUGGUUGAUGAGCAUGGCACUCAGUACUACGAGUUGCCGCAGGCACCAAGACUGCAGCCGAUGGCACCUCCGCCCCCGCCCCCGCCCCGGCCAGUCUCUCGGAUGUCAAAGGAUGUUUACGAUGAACGAGUGCAUCACCACGCGGGCAGUGUUCGUGCGCCUUCAGUUGUGCAAGACCCCUACGGUGAACGACACUACGUGCAGGAAAUGCCCCCGCCCCAGCCUGUCUACAGGCGAGUGACGUCAGAAUAUGCUCGUCCCGUAGCAGCCGAUGAGAGACAAGGCUACGCUGCUCCUUUGGAAGGCCAUGAACCCUACUCACGCAGCAGCAGUGUACAAGUAGCGGAGUACCUUCCUCGUCAUGCAGUCUAUGUUGAUGAGCGUGGAGUGCCCCAGGAGAGAAUAAUUCGGACAGCCAGUGUUCGUCCUCCCCAGCCUCGCUAUGAAAACCCGCAUGAGGUUGUUCAGCGAGUUGGGAGCGUGCGACCAACUGGCCCGGGCCGCGAGGCCAGUAUCUUCAUGCAGCAGGACAGACCAAUCGGGGAAUACGUUGAGAGACCGUACUACAUUCGGGAUCGACGGUACUAUGAAGGUGAAGAUGAAGAGGGAGAACGCCUCGCGCUGGACGGCGCGAAUGAUACGAUCCAGCGAGGUUCACAGCGUUACUAG